ACGCACCCCCGCGCGCACACGCCCGCCCGCCCGCUCUGCCUCUGCGCCCUCCAUCCCGGCUCGCUCAUUCUCUCGCCCUCUCGCUUCCCCUGCGGUCUCUCGCUCUGCGCGCACACACCACACACACGCACACGCACACACACGCGCGCACACACGCAGCCGGCACAGGCGGCGGCGGCGGCGGCGGCGGCGGCGGCGGCGGCGGCGGCUGCCCAAGUCAGGACGAACCUCUGUGGGUACCGUCUUGAGAAGGCGGCGGCGGCGGCGGCGGCAGCCCGAGCAUCCCUCCUCACCCGGAGAGCGAGCACCGCCGAGAGUUUGCGUUCCCUUUGCCGUUCCCUUCCCCCUCCUUUUCUUUAUUUUCAAGAGAAUUUGUUCUUCGCUUAUUGGUUUAAUUUGAUUUUGAAAAUUUUGGGUUGCUUUUGUGUGUGUGCUUUUUUUUUUUUUUUCUUUCCUCAUUUUAUUUGCAUCCAGAGCAUGGCGGGCUGCGGGCUGUCGGAAGACACCUUCUUCUCUUCCUUCUUUUACAACUACGGCUCCUCCUGGGAAACCCCUUCCAACCAGGUUUUUUGCGAAAAUCAGUGAACUAAUAUUGGUAAAAUUGGAGCCCCAUGGAUGAAGGGUACUUUUGUGCUGCUCUGGUUGGUGAAGACCAGCCUCUUUGCCCAGAUCUUCCUGAACUUGACCUUUCUGAACUAGACGUGAACGACUUGGAUACAGACAGCUUUCUGGGUGGACUCAAGUGGUGCAGUGACCAAUCAGAAAUAAUAUCCAAUCAGUACAACAAUGAGCCUUCAAACAUAUUUGAGAAGAUAGAUGAAGAGAACGAGGCGAACUUGCUAGCAGUCCUCACAGAGACACUGGACAGUCUCCCUGUGGAUGAAGACGGAUUGCCCUCAUUUGAUGCGCUGACAGAUGGAGAUGUGACCACUGAGAAUGAGGCUAGUCCUUCCUCCAUGCCUGACGGCACCCCUCCGCCUCAGGAGGCAGAAGAGACGUCUCUACUUAAGAAGCUCUUACUGGCACCAGCCAAUACUCAGCUAAGUUAUAAUGAAUGCAGUGGUCUCAGUACCCAGAACCAUGCAAACCAUAAUCACAGGAUCAGAACAAACCCUGCAGUCGUUAAGACCGAGAAUUCAUGGAGCAAUAAAGCGAGGAGCAUUUGUCAACAGCAAAAGCCACAAAGACGUCCCUGCUCGGAGCUGCUCAAAUAUCUGACCACAAAUGAUGACCCACCUCAUAUCAAACCCACAGAGAACAGGAACAGUAGCAGAGACAAAUGCACCUCCAAAAAGAAGUCCCACACACAGUCGCAGUCUCAACAUUUACAAGCCAAACCAACAACUUUAUCUCUUCCUCUGACCCCAGAGUCACCAAAUGACCCCAAGGGUUCCCCAUUUGAGAACAAGACUAUUGAACGAACCUUAAGUGUGGAACUCUCUGGAACUGCAGGCCUAACUCCGCCCACUACUCCUCCUCACAAAGCCAACCAAGAUAACCCUUUCAGGACUUCUCCAAAGCUGAAGUCCUCUUGCAAGACUGUGGGACCUCCUCCAUCAAAGAAGCCCAGGUACAGUGAGCCUCCUGGCACCCAAGGCAAUAACUCCACCAAGAAGGGGCCCGAGCAGUCUGAGUUGUACGCACAACUCAGCAAGACCUCCAUGCUCACCAGUGGACACGAGGAAAGGAAGGCCAAGCGGCCCAGCCUACGGCUGUUUGGUGACCAUGACUAUUGUCAGUCAAUUAAUUCCAAAACGGAAAUACUCAUUAAUAUAUCACAGGAGCUCCAAGACUCUAGACAACUAGAAUAUAAAGAUGCCCCCUCCGAUUGGCAGGGGCAGAUUUGUUCUUCCACAGAUUCAGACCAGUGCUACCUGAGAGAGACUCCGGGGGCGGGCAAGCAGGUCUCUCCUUGCAGCACCAGAAAACAGCUCCAAGACCAGGAAAUCCGAGCCGAGCUGAACAAGCACUUCGGUCAUCCCAGUCAAGCUGUUUUUGACGACGAAGCAGACAAGACCAGUGAACUGAGGGACAGUGAUUUCAGUAAUGAACAAUUCUCCAAACUACCUAUGUUUAUAAAUUCGGGACUAGCCAUGGAUGGCCUGUUUGAUGACAGUGAAGAUGAAAGUGAUAAACUGAACUACCCUUGGGAUGGCACACAAUCCUGUUCGUUGUUUGAUGUGUCACCUUCUUGCUCUUCUUUCAAUUCUCCGUGUAGAGAUUCCGUGUCACCACCCAAAUCCUUAUUUUCUCAAAGACCCCAAAGGAUGCGCUCUCGUUCAAGGUCCUUUUCUCGACACAGGUCGUGUUCCCGAUCACCAUAUUCCAGGUCAAGAUCAAGGUCCCCAGGCAGUAGAUCCUCUUCAAGAUCUUGCUACUACUAUGAGUCGAGCCACUGCAGACACCGCGCGCACCGAAAUUCUCCUCUGUGCGCAAGAUCACGUUCCGGGUCGCCCUACAGCCGGAGGCCCAGGUAUGACAGCUACGAGGAAUAUCAGCACGAAAGGCUGAAGAGGGAAGAAUACCGCAAAGAGUAUGAGAAGCGGGAGUCUGAAAGGGCCAAACAAAGGGAGAGGCAGAGGCAGAAGGCAAUUGAAGAACGCCGUGUGAUUUACGUUGGUAAAAUCAGACCGGACACAACACGGACGGAACUGAGGGACCGUUUUGAAGUUUUUGGUGAAAUUGAGGAGUGCACAGUAAAUCUGCGGGAUGAUGGAGACAGCUAUGGUUUCAUUACCUACCGUUAUACCUGUGAUGCUUUUGCUGCUCUUGAAAAUGGAUACACUUUGCGCAGGUCGAAUGAAACUGACUUCGAGCUGUACUUUUGUGGACGCAAGCAAUUUUUCAAGUCUAACUAUGCAGACCUAGAUUCAAACUCAGAUGACUUUGACCCUGCUUCCACCAAGAGCAAGUAUGACUCUCUGGAUUUUGAUAGUUUACUGAAAGAAGCUCAGAGAAGCUUGCGCAGGUAACAUGUUCCCUGGCUGAAGAUGACAGAGGGACGGUGAAUACCUCACGGGACAGCGCGUCCUUCCCUAACUGACUAUUGCAAGUCAUACUUAGGAAUUUCUCCUACUUUACACUCUCUGUAUAAAAACAAAACAAAACAACAACAAUACAACAAGAACAACAACAACAAUGGUUUACAUGAACACGGCUGCUGAAGAGGCAAGAGACAGGAAGGAUAUCCAGUAAGCACGUUUAUUCAUGGGUGUCAGCUUUGCUUUCCCUGGAGUCUCUUGGUGACGGAGUGUGUGUGUGUGUGUGUGUGUGUGUGUGUGUGUGUGUUUGUGCGCGCGGGUGUGUGCGCGGCUGCGGGUGUGUGGGCGUGGGUGUGCGCGCAUGCGCACGGCUGGUGUGGGGGAAGUCUGUGUGUACAGGUGGGGACUGGGGGCACGUGACCAGAGUGUGCCCGGGCGAAUCGCUUCAAACGGCAGCAGUUCCAUGAAGACGCACGUAAAACCUAGAACUUCAAAAUGUUCAUACUCUAUUCAAAAAGAAAAAAAAAAAAGCAUAAAUUCAAAAGGAAAGCAAACUAACCAACCGACCACAAACCACCCUAAAAUGACAGCCACUGAUGUCUGGGCAUCAACCUCCGUACUCUGUUUUUUAAGAAAGUGCAAAAUCAACUUGAAGCAAGCUUUCUCUCGUAAUGUAAUGGUUAUCUGACAAUCCCGAAGAAACCACAGUUUCGGUAGAACUAAUAUCCUUUCUCUCUCUCUCUCUCUCUCUCUCUCUCUCCCCCUCCCCCUUCCCGUCCCCUCCCCCGUCUCUCCUCUCUCCCUCCUCCUUUCUCCCUCUCUUUCUUUUUCUUCUCUUUUUCCUUUUGCCAUGGAGUCUGGGUGGGAGAGGAUACUGCGGGCGCCAGAAUGCUAAACUUUCCUAACAUUUUGAAGUUUCUGUAGUUCAUCCUCUAUCCUGACACCCAUGUAAAUGUCCCACAUGUUGAUCUUCCACUGCAAAUUUCAAAAGCCUCGUAAAUGGUCGAGCGCGGCUUAUUCAGUGGUUCUUUCUGAGGAGCGGGCACGGUGUUACAUUACUGAUGAGAGUUGGGUAGAACUCUCUGGUAUGUGUUCAGAUAGUGUCACUGCUACAUUCUCUGAUGUAGUGAAGUAUUUACAGAUGUUAAAUGGAGUAUUUUUAUUUUGUGUGCAUACUAUACAACGAUGUUCUUUUUUGUUACAGCUAUGCACUGUAAAUGCAGCCUUCUUUUCAAAACUGCUAAAUUUUUCUUAAUCGAGAAUAUUCAAAUGUAAUUACGAGGUGAUACAAUUAUUGUACACUAACAUAUUUAGAAGCUGAACUUACUGCUUAUAUAUAUUUGAUUGUAAAAAACAAAAAAGACAGUGUGUGUGUCCGUCAAGUGCAACAACAAAAUGAUGCUUUACGCACAUCCAUCCCUUCUUACGUGAGCGUCAAUCUGAGCAUCUUGUCAAGAAAUAUCCCAGCCCCCCCUAAAGGUAUUAACCACUUACGCGAUAUUUUUCCACAUUUUCUUGUUGCUUGUUUUCCUUUGAAGUUUUAUACACUGGAUUUGUUAGGGGAAUGAAAUUUUCUCAUCUAAAAUUUUUCUAGGAGAUAAUCAUGAUUUUAUGUAAAGUCUCUCAAUGGGUAACCAUUAAGAAAUGUUUUUAUUUUCUCUAUCAACAGUAGUUUUGAAACUAGAGGUCAGAAAUCUUUUUAAAAUGCUGUUUCGUUUUAAUUUUUGUGAUUUUAAUUUGAUACAAAAUGCUGAGGUAAUAAUUACAGUAUGAUUUUUACAAUAAUUAAUGUGUGUCUGAAGACUAUUCUUGAAGCCAGUAUCUCUCUCCCUUGGCAGAGUAUGAUGAUGGUAUUUAUCUGUAUUUUUUACAGUUACGCAUCCUGUAUAAAUACUGAUGUUUCAUUCCUUUGUUUACUAAAGAGACAUAUUUAUCAGUUGCAGAUAGCCUAUUUAUUAUAAAUUAUGAGGGGAUGAAAAUAAUAAAGCCAGUGGAAAUUUUCUACCUAGGAUGCAUGGCGACUGUCAGGUUGCAGUUGAAAUGUUUCAUUUGGAAAAUUCAGCUUUUGCAGAAGCGGUGUCUCUACUUGCACUAGCUUGGCCUCUCACGUGACCAUGAUGUUGUUCUUGAUGACAUUGCUUCUGCUAAAUUCAAUAAAAACUUCAGAAAAACCUC